UGCUGUUCGUAACUCACUUGGUUGAAACACAGACGUCGAAAAUGAUUUUAUUUAUAACUUCAUUUAUCGUUGUUUUAAUAUUUUAUAAGAUAUAUAUCUCAUUAACAAAAAAUCAUGAUUAUUGGAAAAAGAAAAAUGUUCCGUAUUUGAAGCCGAGACUAAUUUUUGGCAAUUUUAGUGAUUACAUUAUGUUUAAAAAAAGCAAUUCGGCUGUUAUGUGUGAAAUUUGUAACCUGUUCCCCGAAGAGCCCUACGUCGGCGUCUUUUAUGGGACAGCACCAGCUCUCGUCGUCAAGGAUCCUAAAAUCUUGAAACUAGUGUUGACACAGGACUUCUAUUACUUCAAUGGCAGAGAAAAUACAGACUACGCCAACAGAGAACCCAUUACAACGAACAUGUUUUCCAAUGGAGGUGAUCAUUGGAAAGUACUACGACAGAAUUUAACUCCACUUUUCACAUCUGCAAAGUUAAAGAAUAUGUUUCCAACAAUCGCUGAGUGUGCUGAGGAAAUGGACAUUUACCUUAAGGAUGAGAUACAUAUUUCAGACAAUAUAAAUAUAAAGUCCUUGUUUACCAGAUACUCGAUGGAAUCUAUUAUUAGAAGUAUAUUUGGCCUAAAAGCAAACACCAUGAAGAGAGAUGAUGGUGUUAAUCCAUUUGUUACUAUAGGAGAAGCAAUAGUUGCAUCAUCAACCACGGCGGGUUUAAAAAAUAUUGCUCGAGCUAUGUGGCCCGAUUUAUUUUACGCAUUGGGUUUUCAGCUGUUCGAUGAGAGAAUUGAAAAAUUUUUCAACCACUUAUUCACAGGAUCACGUAAAAAUCGUUCUACUGAGGAUACUUUAAAUAAAAACUUUGUUGAUCUUAUUUUGAGCUGGGAAAAAAAACAAUACAUAACUGGAGACGGUUUUAGCAAUGACGGAUGUAAUGAGAGGAAGACACAAAGAAUUGAAGUAAAUGAAGCGCUACUCGUGGCACAAUGCACUUUAUUCUUUGGAGCUGGAUUCGAAACAACAUCGUCUACAAUAAAUUACCUUCUGUAUGAACUGGCCAAAAAUAAACAAGCUCAAGACAAGGUUAUAGAAGAAGUAGAUGCGUAUUUUAAUAAACAUGGUGUUAUUAAAUACGAAUGUGUGAACGAAUUGCCAUAUGUUGAAGCAUGUAUUGAAGAAGCGCUUCGUCUUUAUCCAGUGUUGCCUCUUAUCACCAGGGAAGUGAUGAAUAGCUACAUUUUGCCAACCGGUCUUCGACUAAAGAAAGGUGAUCGCAUACAUAUACCCAUUGAUUACAUCCAUCGGCAACCGGAAAACUUCCCGGAUCCCACCUCAUACCGUCCCGAACGAUUCUUUGGCGAUGAGAAGAAGAAAAUCAAACAAUACACCUACAUGCCAUUCGGUGAAGGACCAAGAGUUUGCAUUGGUGCUCGUUUUGCAAGAAUGGUUAUGUACGCAGGACUCCUGACUAUAUUCAGGAAGUAUAGGGUCGAGCUCGGAGAUAACAUGCCGCAUACUUUGGAAUUUAAGCCAGUGUCCCCUGUACUCCAAGCUACAAUUAAUAUUUGAAGACCAAUUUUGAUGACGCCGAUUAAUAGAUUAUUCUCAUGCGUUUACAUGAGUACACGCAAGAUUGCGGUGGGUCAGAAUUAAGUAUUGUCAUUUAAAUUUAGAAAACAUUAACUCUCAAAUAUAGAAAAAAAA